AUGAACAGCUCGACUGCGCAGUCGUGGAGUGCUGCCGAGCACUUCCAAAUGGACCCGCCCGCUGAAGACUUUGCCGGCGCUGAAUUCAUCGACUUCGACAAUCUUGACCUGCACUUCAGCAUCGAUGGGUACAAUCACGAAGGACCCGCCUCUAAUGGGAACCAACUCGCCGAUCUGACCGAGUCGCUCAAUGUCCACCAUCUCCAGGGCCAGUUUCCCCCGCAACUUCCCCAGGACCACCAUCAUGGCCCCAACGCCAGACAGCACGCCCAGAAUCUGCCUGGCCAUGGCUUGUCCCAGUCAGCCAACACUUUCUUCGACUAUGGCAUGGCCCAGUACAGCCAGGCUGGCACCCCGUCUUUCACCCAGGCCCAGGACCAGAUUUACCGCCCACACCAGGGUGUUCCGCCCACGCCAAAUAGCAUAGAAAUGCAUGGCGACCCCCAUCGCUAUCUCCAACAAUCAGAUCACCACCAGUCGCUGUUCGACCAGAGAUACCAUAUGCGCAAGGACGAUGCGACUUUCACCCCACUAGUUUCGCCUGCCGUGACGCCCCACGAUGCGCGCUUCCAGAUUCCCGACUUCACAAUGCCCGGAGCCUACUUCAGCCCUCUUACAUCCCCUGCCUUGAAUGCCCAGAGCCAACAGCAUGUGCACCACCAGUCGCAGCACACAACAUCCGGGAGCUCGACAGGCCACUCGCCCAUCGAUGUGGAUAUGGACAUGCUAGGGGAACCUGCCCUGGUGCCACAGGAACAAGGACGCAGGAGUCUACGGAGUACCAACAAAAGGAAUGCGCCGCGCACAAACGGCAACGGCCGUGUACGACAGUCCCCUAUCGUUAAACCUAACAGGCGGAAAGCAACUGUGUCCUCUCUCAUUCCACCCAAGGAGGUGACCGAACUCAUGCAGGAUGCGCGACUGACACGCCCGUCUGCCAACGGUCUGGAUGUGCCAAGGACUCGUGAAAGCUCAGAAACCGAUUCUAUAUCUCCUGAGCCUAUGCUGUCGGAGAUGCGACCGCCGCCGAAGCCUACUUCUUCAACAGCUUCCCCUGCCAUGAUGGCCCAGCGCAGCAGCCAGAACGGCACUCCGGCCACUCCUGCAUCUCUCAUGCGGAUACAACCUUCGCCCGAUGUCAGUGGCUCCCAAGAAGCACCACCAAUGCUGGAGGAUCUCACCCUACCAGAGGCAUCACUAGACAGACCAGGGCUAUCAAGAAUCGAUACAGCUAUCCGGAAUGGUGAUGGUGACGCCUCUCGUAUGUCUGCGCGGAAGACACCCAAGUUGAAUCCUCUGAGCACGCCAGGCGCCUCCAUGUCGGCCAGACCUAGUCCGAUGCUGGACGCCAUGUCUACCCCAACGAGUCCAGCCUUCUCUAUAACUAAUGGCAAGAAGGACCCAAAACUGGCGCGCAACCCCAAGAAGAGGAACAGCGUUAGCUCGAGUCUUGUCAGCCCUGCAUUGAGGCCCAAGAUCUCACCAAGCAUAAAGCCUUUACUACCCGACGGCGGAAGUGCAUCCAAGUCAAACUACCAGAACAUACUUGAUGGCACCACCGUCCCCGGAGUCGUCUACCCCACAUCACUUUCCACUAACCUCACUUCAAAACGCACAUCUCACAAGAUCGCCGAGCAAGGCCGCCGAAAUCGCAUAAAUAUGGCCCUCCAAGAAAUGCAGGCUCUUCUCCCUUCACCGCAGCUUGGUGCUAUUCCAGACGCCAAAAGCCCCGAUACAAACGCCCAAAACUCCAACAACUCCAAAGCGGCAAAAGUUGAAAGCGCCAUCGAAUACAUCAAGCAGCUGAAACAGGAGGUAUCAGAGCGGGACGACUUGAUCAGCCGAAAGGACCAAGAGAUGGAUGCACUGAAAAAAGAGCUCGCUGCGCUGAAGGGGAAAGGAUCAGAGGUUUUGACUCCCGGGGCAGCAGCCCAGCUCAAGGCUGAGCCCUCUUCCAGCCCCAACACUGAGAACGAGACUUGA